ACAAACUAUCCAGUAAAAUAUUUUUUGUCACAAUCUUUCACAUUUGCGUGUUAUUUUAUUGGUGAGCGCUGGGUUUAAUUUAUUGUGUGUUUAAUAUAUGAACAGUUGGACAACACACACAGAAGUGAAGCUGUGCUGAACGUUUGUUUUUAGUUGCGUGUUUAAUUAUGACAGUUAACGUUAGCAUUCCGCCAGCUAGCUAAUGCGUUCAUAAAUAAACCGUUUUUAGAAGGACUUGUUGAGAUUGGCACUUCACUACAACCUCUAGAUAACUCUGGCCACGAACCAGCCGGCUUGUCGUUAUUUAUAGUUUUGGUGCUUCAGAGAUGUAAGCUAAGCUGUUGUGCUGCUCUCAAAGGUCAUGAGUCAACGAGAGGGGCGGAGUCAUUCUCUAUCGGAGAAUGAAGAGGAGGGAUCCGAUGAGAGGGCCACACCCCUUUCUGCAAUUGCUCCAGAGGCUGAUGAUCAUUAUAAACAACCCACUGUGAUAUCAUCAAAUCCAGCUUUACACUGCCUGGACCAGCUUUUCUCAGAGGGAAAGAUCAGUGGAGCAAAGGUGGCUCAUCUUAGGGCCAGCUUCAACCUCUUACAUCAAGCUCUGAAAAGUUCUCAGGAGUCAGAAAUGCAGUUGCUGCAAGAGGCAAAGGCCUUCCGCACUAAGCUGGAACAGCAGAACCAGGAGCUGGAGAAAGCAGAGCUGUUUCCUGACGGACAAGACACAGAAGUCAGCGGCCUGAAACAGAAGCUUCUCCAGUCCUACAAUGAGCUGAAAGAGUAUGAGGAGAGAGAUUACCACAUGCAGUUCCAGCUUGAAUGUCUUAAAGAAGAGAAGCUUUAUCUUCUGAAAGAGUACCAAAACCAGCCUAAACCAGCUGAGCUGGAAAGGAGGUACAUGACACUGAAGGAGAGCUGUGAGGACAUGAGAAAAGAGACCAUCCAACUGAGAAAGGAAGUGAAGACUUUAGCUGAAAAUGUGGAGACACAACAGAAGCAUAUAGAUAUAGAACGUUGUGAGCUCGAUGAGUUUAAAAACCUUGUUGAGAUCAGCGAGGGUGAGCUGGCUCAGGUGUGCCUCAUACCUGUCCAGCUGCAUAAGGAGGUCAACAGGGUUGCCCACAAGAAAUCGGAGUUAGAAAACCAGGUGGCUGUGAUGGACAAACAACGUUUGAACCACAUGGAGCACCAACAGAUGAUAGUGGCGAAGUGCGAGAAGGUGAAGGAGGCCCAAAGGGAAGUUCUUCAAGAAUUGGAUGGCUAUAAAGCUCAGCUAAUGGCUGCACAGAGUAAACAAGAGAGACUUCUCAAGGAGCUGCAGAUGACCAAGGAAAAAGAGGCCAUCUUCAUGGAUCAAAGGGGUAUACUGGAAAUUAACAUGGAGCAGAUUGCGGCCGACUGCAAGUCUAUGCGUGAUAAGCAGGCCCGAGACACGAGACUGAAAGACAGACUCAUUCGAGUCCUGAAGAGAUAUGAACUGCAGUUGAUACAGUCCAGCGAUGCUCUCAUUCACACUCAACAGCAGCAUGCCAGGACGCAGGCUCAGAGGGAUGAAGUCCCAGAUGGUGAUUGCUUCUUGACGAAAAGAAGAGAUCUUGAAAAGGAAGUCGAGGACCUAAAACGGAGUUUGAUUAUCAAGCAGUCGAUGGCAGGGUUGAAGGUCCAGCUAGUUGAAGAGUAUUUGGAGCAAGAGCAAGCUCUCGUAGGAGAGUCUCAUCGCCGCAGAGACGAGCUGCAUCACCUCCAUCGUCUUAUACUCAUCAAAGCAGACGAGAGAGAGCACAAGAGCCGAGAACUCCUCAAAGCACAGCUUAAAUAUAAGCGAUCCAAGCAGGAUCUACAGGGAAAAGGACUGGUUCUCCAAGAACACAAGAAACUUAGCCAAGAGACCAAAUCAAGGCUGAAUGUAUUUGCUAAACUUUAUGAAGUCACCAAAGGAGAGCGAAACAAAUAUAUGAGCCUGAUCCAAAUCUCAAACCAGAACUUGGAAGAAGUAAAAGAGAAGUUGAUUAAACUAGAGGAAGACUUUCAGAUUAUGCAGCCGAUUGCUAUGAACAAGGACAAGAUACUUCAGAAAUUCCGUCUGCAACACGCUCAAAGCUACAAGCUCAGAGACCAUACAAACAAUGUGAUCUCUAGGAUCUCUCAGGUUCUGCAGGAAAUGCACCAGAAACGAGAGGAGCAGAAGCUGAAUCUCAGAAAACGUGUGACAACAAUCAGCAGACAGGAGCAAAACCUGUUGCAUCUGCGAAAGAGCUACGAGGCUGCAAUGCAUGGUCGAAACAACUGGGGUGUGCAGCUUGUGGAAAGAGAACAGGAGCUGUGUGUUUUUUACGAGAGGCUAAAUAAACUGAACGGUGCCAUGCAAGAAGACAACAAGAAGAUCGAGGUCAUGGAGGAUGAGAUCAAAAAGCUGAAGAUUCUCCAGAAGGACCAGGACAGACAGAUCAACUUGCAAAGACAACAGCUGUCCUGCAUUCGGGCCCUGCAGGAGGAGAGCACUCAUUUACAGAUACAGCUGUCUGAGAGCCAAGACAAAGUGAAGGAGCUAGACAAAGCUGUAGGGGAUGUCAACAGAGCACAAGAGCUGAGUGGAGAACAUCCAUCACCUGAGGACCUCCUCAAGAAGAUAGAAGAGUUAGAGAUUCAGCUGACAGCGAAAGAAGCUCAGCUCUUGGAAAUGGAACUGGUGUACGAGCAGGUCAACCACCUGUCCCAGCAGAUCAGAACCAAAGCUGAGAAUGGUAAAGAAGAUUCACUUCAUCUGGCUAAAAAAGUGAACGAACUACAAGCUCAGAUCAGAGAGCGCACUCAUAAAAUGAUGGCCGUGGUGGCGGAGCUGUCCAUGUGGCAGGUGGAGUCUAUGACCCUUCAGCAGGAGAUAAAGGAAAAGGAAACACAUCUGGACUCGUGUCAGAUGCGUCUGGAGCAGGGCCUGCCCCCCUCAGACGCCAUAGAGCAGGAGUGGCUGCGAUGUCUCCGGGAUCAGCACACACGCCAGGCUGACGCCGAGAGAAAAGCAAAUCUGGCUGAAGAAGAUGAGUGGAAGCAGCUUCCAAGUGGUGUUUAUACCACGGCUGAGCUUCGACCCAACGCUUACAUCCCCACGGACGAUCCUUUACCUGUGCCCAAACACUACGGAGCCCUAGCCCCCUUCAAACCAACCGAGCCUGGUGCCAACAUUCGCCACAUCCGCAAACCGAAACCCAAACCUAUUGAGAUUUAGAGGAAGUCCCUCCUGCAAACCUGCUGAGAUAGCGUUCUGACGUACUCUCUGGAGAUGCAAGCGGAGGUGACGGGGUGAUCCCACUGCUGUCUCACUUUCUCCAUACACUAAAAACAUCACAGCAAUCUUCAUUAACGCUUGGAAAUGCAUAAUCCAAAUGUCUCCAAAACAAGGAGUGUGAUCGGAUGACUGCAUUGGAAUGGAGACCAGCUGAAAUAUUUAGCAAGGGGGUCACUGUACUUUUUGCAUGCCUCCAGACUUGGCCGCAGUAGGACUAUAAAACAAAGACUGAAGCCCAAGAACAUGCUGUGAGCCAACAAAUGACCGCAAAACGGUCAUAUUCCAUUUAAAUCUACAAAAGGACAAUUACCGAAAUCUUCAAAACAGCCCAGAAGGCUGAGCAAAAAGGGUGGGGGAACUACAGGAAGCAGCCACAUUGUGUAUGACGAAGAUUUCCAGAGAAAACUGUAAAAAGGAA